CACUCUUUGCUUCCAUCUUUCUUCCCCUCCAAUGGCUGCAGCCACAACCUUAUCAUCAUCUCCCCUUCUCAUCAAUGUCCGACACAAACCCAUCGCUGCAUCUCCUCUCCCUUCUCUCGGAUUCCAUCUCCUUCGCCGCCUGAACCGCCGCGUCGCUUCAAUCCGCCGCCCUCAGUCGCGUAGGCGUUACGAACCUGACGACCGGUUCUUCGAUGGGUACGAGUACGAUGUUGUUCCCGACGACGAAGCCGACGAGUUCAGCGACGGCGAAGACGAGACGGAGAGCAGCGUCGAUCUGCUGAUCAGAUUCUUACGGAGCAUGUACAGAAAAAUCUCCAAGCGCGCCAAAAAGGCCUCCCGCCGCAUCUUGCCCGCCGCAAUGUCGCCCCAACUUGUUUCGUUUGCAGUUGAUGGGAUAUUGCUAUUGGCUUCACUUUCCAUAACCAGAGCGUUUCUUGAGGUAAUAUGCAAUCUCGGGGGAACAGUGUUUGUGGUGAUAUUGCUCAUCCGGCUGAUAUGGGCGGCUGUCUCUUACUUCCAAGCAUUUGGGAACGGAUUCCACGGAGGCAGGAGCUCCUUUGGCGGUGAACCACAGCCAUUGUAAUAGGAUCACUCCCCCUUUUUAACCUUCUUGUGAAGGGGAGAACUAUUUGCUUUUGUAAAGUUUCCAACGUGAAAACCACUUGUAUGGGGGGGGG